GAGCCUCCUCCGACUGCCCUGUUCCCAAAGCGUCCUAGCACCCCGGCGUCUGCUCUGCGCCUCCUCUUCGGGAGUCGCCCAGCUAGACUUGAAAGGGCCAAAGGCAGCCCCGGGAGGACGAGAGGCCAGCCGGCCUGUCCCAGGUGCCUGCUGCCGAGCCUCGGGCCUGACCCCUUCCGCUUGGAUGGGCUUGGGCAAGAGACAAACCUGUCUGGGCCUGGAUCCUCUUCGGCACCACGGGGGUUAUAGCUGCCUACACCUUGGAUCUGUUGUGGGGUUUAAGCGGGGAGCACCCCUGUGUGGUUCAUGUUAGCCCCCUCCUGACUCGUGAGAAAUUGCUCCCGCCGGGAACGUGGGAGCCAAAUUUGUACUUGCCCGGAGACCUGCCGCUUCGCAUCACGCCCAUCAACCAAAGAAAGAGACGUGUCACGAAUUCCCCGGCUUUUCUCUAGCAGUAGUCCGGUUCCUUACUCUCCUACCCCGUGCUACGCAUCACGCGUUGAGAAGUUCUGUGCGUAACCACUGAAACGUGAUUCCUGAGCACCUGCUCCUUGCCGGGAACUGUUAAGACCCCGUGCUCCGCAAUGGAGGUAGAGAUGAGUAAGGCAUGGCGUUGCCCUUGCGCGGCUCCCGGACCAAAGACGGCGGCAGAGAACUCCUACAGUGUAGUGCAGUGUUUACAAAUGUACAGAAGCGGUUUUUUUUAUUAAUUCAGUCAGCAUUUUCUGAGCAGCUGCAUCCGCUAAAGUGCUGGCGACGGAGACUCCUCAAGAGCCAGGGUUCAUCAGUUCAGAGCCGGCCGAGGUCUUUGCCCUCCCCUCUUCUCUCUCUUGUACAGGGUUAGAAGCCUUGUCAACAGGAAGUGAGUUCCUCCUAUCAAAUACAGUCUUCUGUUGAUUGUCUCCUUGCAAAAAGAGAUGUGGACACAUGAAAAGAGAAAGCAGUGUUCGUGCACUGGUCAAGAGCAUACUCGGGUUCUCACCCCAGGUCUCCUGGGUGGCUGAGCAUGGACCCAGUCGCUACUCACGGCUGCCAUCUUCUCCAGCAGCUGCACGAGCAGCGCAUUCAAGGCCUGCUUUGUGACUGCAUGUUGGUCGUGAAAGGGGUGUGCUUUAAAGCACAUAAGAAUGUUCUGGCAGCGUUCAGUCAGUAUUUUAGGAGCCUCUUUCAGAACUCUUCAGGCCAAAAAAGUGAUGUUUUUCACUUGGAUAUUAAAAAUGUAAGCGGCAUUGGGCAGAUCCUGGACUUCAUGUACACUUCUCACUUAGAUCUUAACCAGGAUAAUAUCCAAGUAAUGCUGGACAUAGCACAGUGUUUGCAAGUUCAAAAUGUUCUGAACCUGUGUCACACAUUUUUGAAGUCCACCACUGUGGAACAGCCCCCGGGCGUGUCUUGUAACAGCGCGUUCUCCCUGCAGAGCACCCCGCCUGCCGAUGCGCACUGUGCAGUAAGUGAAAACUACCCUCCUCAUUUGCUGCAAGAGUGUCCCACCGAUGUUCAGCAGAGUAAGGUUUUGGAUGAAUCACAUUCUCACGCUCCACCGUCCGUUAAUCUCCAUCAGUCUGCAGGGGAGGCAUCCCAACAGGCGCCCGACACGCUGGAUGGCGCCUGCCCAGAGCUGCCUUUCAGACAGCCGAGUUACUACUACAAACUCAGAAACUUUUACAGCAAGCAGUACUACAAACAGGCUGCGUGUCCUGGUCACGAGAGGGUGAAUGAGCAGCCCUUCACUUUCAGCACAGCCGCGGACCUCGGUGCCGGCGACAACCAGCCUUGUGCCGGCAGUCAUUCCGAAUGUGUCCUGGAGUCUUCGGAGCACUUGCCUUCCCACUUCCUGGCCCAGCCCUUGAGUGAAUCUGCCCCAGACCCUGACUCAGACAACCUGUGCCAACCACCCACCAGACAGAUGAGGCUCAAAAAGGCCAUUCACCUUAAGAAGCUAAAUUUCCUCAAGUCCCAGAAAUCUGCAGAGGAGCCAUCCGAAGGCAAGCUGGGUGACGGCUUAACGAAGAGGGUGGAGUGUGCUAGUGCAAAUACUACAGAGAAAGCCACCAGCCACGGUGCUGAGGAAAAAGAAGGUGAAGAACUCGUCACUUCUGAGCGUUUUAACUGCACUAACGAAAUGGAGAGGCCCGAAGAGCCUGCGGCGCUGGAGGACCAGUCCCAGAUGCUUCAGUCACAGAGACAGUACACGUGUGAAUUGUGUGGGAAACCUUUUAAACACCCGAGCAAUCUGGAGCUUCACAGACGGUCACAUACAGGUGAGAAACCUUUUGAAUGUAACAUUUGUGGGAAACAUUUCUCUCAGGCAGGUAACUUGCAGACUCACUUACGUCGGCAUUCUGGUGAAAAACCAUACAUCUGCGAAAUCUGUGGAAAGAGGUUUGCAGCGUCUGGCGAUGUCCAGCGUCACAUCAUUAUUCACUCAGGAGAGAAGCCACACUUGUGUGACAUCUGUGGGCGAGGGUUCAGUAACUUCAGUAACUUGAAGGAGCACAAGAAGACACACACGGCCGAUAAAGUCUUCACCUGUGAUGAGUGCGGCAAGUCCUUCAACAUGCAGAGGAAGCUGGUGAAGCACCGGAUCCGGCACACGGGAGAGCGGCCCUACAGCUGCUCUGCCUGUGGAAAGUGUUUCGGGGGAUCCGGCGACCUGCGCAGGCACGUGCGCACGCACACCGGGGAGAAGCCGUACACGUGUGAGAUCUGCAGCAAGUGCUUCACGCGCUCAGCGGUGCUGCGGCGGCACGAGAAGAUGCACUGCAGGCCCGACGGGGGCCGGGCCGUGCUCGACGAGCUCGCUCACGCCGUCGAGACCCCCGACCUGGAGAAGUCGCAGGGCUCGGAGUCCUUUUCCCAAGACGUGUCUGUGACUCUGAUGCCCGUGUCGGUCAAGCUCCCCGUGCAGCCGGCCGAAGAUUCGGUGGCAGAGUUUGACGGCCCCUCCGCCGGCUCCUACUGCAAGUUCCGGCCCGUGGUUCAGCCUCCCGCAGCCGCUGAGCCGGAGAAGCUCAGGCUGGAUCCCGGCAAACUCGCCAAGCCUCCGAUGCAGCCGGCGCAGCCUCCGGCGUAUGCUUACCCGGACGUGGCCGCCGUGGCCAGCGAGCCGCCGCUGCAGCCCGACAGCCUGUCCCUGGGCCGCUCGUCCCUGGCCACGCUGGACAAUCACUGCGGCGAUGUGCUGGGCGGCCGCGGGGCCGCCACGCCGUACAGGAACUCCGAGGGGCAGUUCUUCUCCAGCAUGACGCUCUGGGGGCUGGCCAUGAAGACGCUGCAGAAUGAAAACGAGCUGGACCAGUGAUGUCCGGCCGCAGCAUUUCCCAGCCUCAGAGCCUUUCUGAAGCCCAGUGGAGCGGCGUCCGUGCUUCGGGAGAGAGCGUUUUCUCCGUGGUGGCCCUUUCUCACCGGCCUGAGAAUAGUUUGACCAUUUCUGUGCUGGUGGUGACUGAUUACUGGAAGCUUCCGGAGCCUCAGGAUCAGGGAAGAAGGCCCACAGGCUCCCCGUGCACGCAGACGGGGGACUGGAGGAGCGGAUAGCCUGGGAAACCAUCCCACUGACCUUCGCCGGCACCACGGCGUGCACGCGUGGGGUCAGCUACUGUACGUCUCAGUCACAUUAAACGGAGAAAGCUAUAUAUAGUAACACAAAUAUGUUUGCAUUUUUACAUGAUUGGAAUUUGUACUGUUUUGUAUUUUUAUUUACACAAAAAGUUUAUUUGUAUAUGAAACUCAUGUUAUAAUUUAAUUUGAAUAAAUGAAACUUGACUUU